AUGGUCGCUAUUAAGGACAGUCCAGGAUUGGGCAGUGCAGCGGUACAAGCAGUCAACUCCCUGCUUCCCAGCAGUCCAAAAAAUGGGAAAAAUGGGGGAGAAGGAAAGAUAAAUGGAGAAACAUCGUCUGGAGCAAAUAGCAGUAGUGGACGCAGAAGCCCCGCAAGCCGUCCAACAGGCCAGAUCAACAGAAGCGCAUCGGUCAAGAGCCUGAAUCCGCUGAAAAAAAUAUUUCAUAGGUCGCAAUCGCACCACGAAUCCGUCGAGCGGACCAGAGCGGACCGGUCUCCGCUAAGUGCGGACCAGAAGUCUCGAAACCGAAGCUCCAGUUUUUUGCAACGCAUGCAUCCACAGCACCAUGGUGCCACGGGCGCCACAGGGCUCGCUCCAUCCCAACAGCAUUCGGGCCAGCACCGGGAGCUUUCAAAACAGCCGUCGUCGCAAAUGCUGAACGGACCGAAAUCCCAUAAUGUGAAUCCGUUUUUAACGUCGCGAGCAAACGGGUUUGAUUCUCCGUUCAGUGCACUUGGUCGUGGUACGGAUAUCGCUGCUCCACGGCAGUCGUACAUGAAUGGAUCGAACCCGAUGUCGCGCAAAACCUCGUCCAACGAGUCUAAUAUGGUGUACAACCCAUACGGUACACUUUCCAAAAAAAACACAUCGAGUUCACAACACGAUUUGUCUUUCUAUCUGCACGACGGUAAAGAAGAGUUGCCCUUGCUGCCUACGCCGUUAAAGGAUCCAAAUGAAUACCUCCCGGAGGGCUAUAAACAGUACAGCGUGCAAUUAGCCGACAAUUUUACAUAUCCGGAAAGAAAUUCGGCGGACGAUUUGCAUCUUGGUUCUGGUGGAUCGAGCGAAGUACGCACAGUGCGGUCUGCGUUCCACAAGAAAGAAUUGUAUGCGUUGAAGAAAUUCAAGCUUUUGAGGAAUGAAAAGGCUGAUCACUUUUACGAGCGUUGUUCUAAAGAAUUUAUCAUGGCCAAGCGAUUGAGCAAAAAUCCUCAUAUUGCUAAUACUUUCUAUUUGGUGAAAGUCUCCACAACCACUUUUAUGACCCGAGGAUGGGCUUUCAUCAUGGAAUAUUGCCCUGGUGGAGACUUGUACAGUUUAAUCACUCGGCCUGAUUGGAGAAAAAGGUCGCUCAAGGAGAAAUUCGAUUACUGGAGACAAAUUGUAGAGGGUAUUCAUUUCAUUCAUACGCAAGGCGUGGUGCAUCGAGACAUAAAGCCAGAAAACGUGCUCAUCACUCAAGGUGGGUGGGCUAAACUUACGGAUUUUGGCAUCUCCGAUUGGGGCCAUGAGGAUCCUGACGAUUUGAGUAGUCCCAUAAAAUUGUUCGACACCUACGUGGGAUCCCCACCAUAUACUUCCCCCGAGGUAAUGUGCUUCAAUGACGAGAAUGCUACCAAGCAAGAUAAAAUGCCGUAUGAUGCUCACAAGAUGGAUUGUUGGGCAUUGGGGGUAAUUCUUUUCACCUUGGUAUACCAAAAUACCCCAUUUGUGGAAGCGUACAAAACAGAUUCGAAAUUCAGGUCGUACGUUCUUUCUUAUGAUAAUUUUGUCGAUCACAACAACCCACAAUUCAAAAAAUCGGGGAUUUACAAGCCUGGACCAGGAAGUGAAUUUCAGUAUGGGCGCGAAUUCCAAAAUACUGGUGCCUCAAGAGUGGCAUGGCGACUUGCAGAUCCCAACCCAAAAACAAGAUACACAAUGGACGAUAUUUUAGCCGACCCGUGGUGGGCUCAGAUCUCAGAAGGUAUCAGUGAACCAACGGAUGCUGUUCCAAAACUACCAGAAUUGAGAAAUUCCAGUUAUGACAGUAGUGGGGAUAGAACGGCCUCGCGGUCGGCUGCCAAUUCGGAAGAGGACCUUGUGAUGCAUACAUCGAAUCCUUUUUUGAAUCACAAUCAAUCAAAAGCCAAAUCGAAAUCAAUGCUCUCUAUUGCGGAAGUUCGUCCUGCGGCAGUCUCCGGAUCAUCGCCUCGUGGUAAUGAAUCGCUGGCGACCCUAAAUGAGGAUAAGGCAGUUGAGGCAGAAGAUAAUUUUGUAGACGCUUCGGCCGCGGGACUUGGAGAUGCAGUCAAGACUUCAUCAACCGAGAAAACUGGAGCUGAAUCAGCAGAUGAGAUGGGUGCUCCGGCCGCUGCUGAUUUUGUAAAUCAAGGAAGUCUGAGUCAGUUGUCGCUGCGAGACUCUCGAGAUGUAAAGUAG